AAACCGGCCCUGAAAAUCGGAAAUCGUAUGACAUUUCUCAGUCGCCAUCACCAAGUUCAUACGAUGGCAGCUCACUCUUAUGCCGGCAUUGCCUUCACCCAGCCCUUAUAGCCCCCUCGCAAUCCAACAGCAGUCUGCGCCAUUCGGCAUCCCAACUUCAUCCCCUCGCUGCCCCGCCCAAGAUGAGCAACACGGUCAUUCUCGGGACCGGCAUCGUGGGCCUGUCGACGGCGUACUACCUCUCGCAGUCAUCCAAGACGCCACCUAGCAGCAUCCACCUGGUCGACACGUCGCCAAAGCUCUUCUUUUGCGCGUCUGGUCUGGCCGGCGGGUUCCUUGCUGCAGACUGGUUUGCACCUUCCGUCGCGCCCCUCGGUGCGCUUUCCUUCCGGCUUCACAAGGAACUUGCCGAUCAGAACAAUGGCAGGAAGACGUGGGGCUUUAGCUUGAGCACCGGCACCUCAUUGAGCCAGGACAGCGAGGCCGCCGUGGGUGGGAGCGGGGAGGACUUUCUGCGCAAUGGCACCAGUCGCGCUCAGGCUGCGGGCUCCAGGCCACCGAUGGACUCUGCUGGACCUCUCUGGCUGAGGAAGACAGACGGCGGAAGCCUCGAGGUUAUCAGUCGGGACAAUAGCACCGCCCAAAUCGACCCGCUGCGCUUCUGCGAGUUCCUCCUUGACCAAUGCGUGAGGCGCGGCGUCAAGCUUCAUCAGCCUGCUCGAGCCAUUUCGGUCUCCAAAGACGAGAACAACCAAUUGAAUGGCAUUCGUAUUAGUAAGGAUGGCAUCGAGACUGAAGUUCCCUGCACCCGCAUUAUUAUCACGGCAGGCGCCUGGUCGCCCAAGAUCUUCGCUACCCUCUUCCCAAAAGCAACCACCCGUAUUCCCAUUGCCUCGUUGGCUGGCCACUCCCUCCUGCUUAAGAACCCAUUCUACAAGGGGGAUGCCGCAGAGACGUGUCACGCUGUGUUUGCUACCGACACGCUUGGUUUCUCUCCGGAGCUGUUCUCAAGAAUCGGAGGGGAGAUCUACAUCGCUGGGCUCAACAGCACACAGAUUGCUUUACCGGAUGUGGCCACCGAAGUUGACAUCAUUCCUGAGGCUAUCAAACAAUUGAAGGACUGUGCAACGGCAAUGAUGGGCGAUCCAGAAGAUGGUAAGGGUCUGGAAGUAAUGAGGGAGGCUCUAUGCUUCCGCCCAGUGACAUCCAGCGGCCGUCCAAUCGUCUCUCGCGUUCCUGAUGAGAAACUUGGUGCCGGUUUCAAGACUCGUGGAGGUGCUGACGGUGGAGUCUUCGUCGCGGCUGGCCACGGCGCAUGGGGAAUCUCUCAGGCUCCAGGAACCGGACUCUGCAUGGCUGAGCUAGUUGAGGGACUCCAAACCUCCGCCAACAUUUCUACCUUGGCUCUUCCUUGAGCGGCCGUUCUCGAGUCCUCGAAGCUUCUCACUUCGUCGCGCCUGGGGAUGGAUGAAUGAAACAGCAGUUCUCCUCGUGAGUUUGCGUAUCUAUGGGUGGUGAUCUCUAGCAUCGACCAUCAGCAUUUGCUCCAAGUCAGCCUAAGAAUUAUGGCAAGUAAUGCAUUUGUGGUGUCAAUUCGUGGGUAACGGGUAAAAUACAUAGAAAUGAGGAAUGCGAGUUCGGUUCGGUUCGGUUAGUCUCCAACUCUUCAUCGUUAAAGGCAACUUCUCCACGAAUUUGGCUCCCUAAACUGUGAAUACUUACCUACCAUGGCAGAUGUGUGGUACCCAAUGAAUACUCGUUGUCGUAAACAGGGUGAUGGUCCUUCCUCUAAGUAAGUAGGAAUUGCAUCAAAGUGACGUCAACCGAGCCUCAAAUAGUUAUAGAAAAUGU